UGGAGCUAGAUAUAGACCACUGCUGUCCUUGGGAGAAGCCUUUUCUGCCGCGCCCCCCUCCCUCGCUGGGCCCCCGCGCCGAGCUGAGCCGCCUUGCAGAGUUCAGUCGGGCUGGGAGAGAGAGAGAGAGAGAGAGAGAGAGAGAGAGAGAGAGGAAUGCACUGGGAUGCGGAGCGGCAACCACUGUAGGAAACCGACGCAACAACUCGCUCACUAUGGACAGCAAUGAUCCAUAUUUACACCUCAGCAUGUGGCACCCCAUCUCUUUACCUGAAACCGGAGGCAGCCCUAGGAGGAAAAUGGAUUGUGAUUACUAUUCGGCAGGUGCAAUGAGUGCAGGCCACACACAUCCCCCAUCAAUGGCUGGCAUGGUGGGCCACCCCUCAGUUAUCAGCACUUCCAGGCCCCUACCAUCCCCCAUGUCCACCUUGGGCUCACCGAUGAACGGUCUGGCAUCGCCUUAUCCUGUCAUCACGUCGUCUCUGGGAUCACCCUCCAUGCCUCUUCAGUCUAAUCCCAACAUGAACUUUGGACCAAUCAGCAGUCCACAGAUGAACUCAAUGAACAGUGUUAGCAGUUCGGAGGACAUCAAGCCUCCACCGGGCCUGCAGUCUUUGGGGAACCUCAACUACCAAUGUACGAGCCCGGGGGGGAUGUCAAAACACAUCUGUGCCAUUUGCGGGGAUCGCUCUUCAGGGAAGCACUACGGUGUGUACAGCUGUGAGGGCUGCAAAGGCUUCUUCAAGCGCACAGUCCGUAAAGAUCUCACGUACACGUGUCGAGACAACAAAGAGUGCCUGAUAGACAAGCGCCAGAGGAACCGCUGCCAGUACUGCCGCUAUCAGAAGUGCCUGGCCAUGGGCAUGAAGAGAGAAGGUGUGGGUGUGUGCGCAGCCGUGCAGGAAGAGAGGCAGCGCGGGAAGGAGCGUGGCGAGAACGAGGUGGAAUCCACCAGCAGUUUCAACGAGGACAUGCCAGUGGAAAAGAUCCUGGAUGCCGAGAUGGCCGUGGAGCCCAAAACAGAGACGUACAACGACGGCAGCCCGGGAAACUCGACCAACGACCCGGUCACCAAUAUCUGCCAGGCAGCGGACAAGCAACUCUUCACCUUGGUGGAGUGGGCCAAAAGGAUCCCACACUUCUCCGAGCUCCCUCUAGAUGACCAGGUCAUCCUGCUCCGAGCAGGCUGGAAUGAGCUGCUCAUUGCUUCUUUCUCGCAUCGCUCGGUCACGGUUAAAGACGGCAUCCUGUUGGCUACAGGUCUGCACGUCCACAGAAGUAGCGCCCACAGUGCGGGAGUGGGAUCCAUCUUUGAUAGAGUACUCACAGAGUUGGUAUCAAAAAUGAAAGAUAUGCAGAUGGAUAAGACAGAGCUGGGCUGUCUGCGGGCUAUCGUUCUGUUCAACCCAGAUGCAAAAGGUUUGUCGAACCCGUCAGAGGUGGAGGGGCUGAGAGAAAAAGUUUACGCUUCUUUGGAGUCGUAUACAAAACAGAAGUACCCCGACCAACCUGGCAGGUUUGCCAAACUGCUGCUACGCCUGCCGGCUCUACGCUCCAUCGGCCUCAAGUGUCUGGAGCAUCUGUUCUUCUUCAAGCUAAUCGGAGACACGCCCAUCGACACCUUCCUGAUGGAGAUGCUGGAGGCGCCGCAUCAGAUCACAUGACACCAGUCCUCCCCUUCCCUCCCCUGUAAAUAGUCCCAACUUGUCAACAAUGUGAAGAUGGAAUGAAAAAAAAAAAAGACUCGAUCGAAACUUUAAAACAAACUAUUUUCUACCAAGUAAAACAAGACGAUUAAAAUAUUUUCCAGUUGUUGGGAAGAGUACCCUGUAUGCACAGAAAUGUUAAUAGAUUUGGUAACAGACUUUGUAAAUAGAUAAUUUGUUGUAUUUGUUUUAAAAGCAUCCCAAUGCGAAUUAAAGAGGAAUCCUGUUUCAUUCUAAGAGAAACAAAAAACAUUUAAUAAAAGGACACGUUUAAGGCUUCUUACAGAAUAAAGUUAUUUAAACUUUAA